UCAAGGUAUAACUUGAAAUAAGGGAAUACAACCCACUGGAUUUGUUUCUUGUGGUCUUUCAUGUGCAUUUCUGAGAAAUAUGGGUUCUUCAGUUUUUCAUGUCUGAAAGCAGGAAACCACAAAAAUUGAUGACAGACAACUUCUCCAUUAUUACUGAAGUGAGGUUGGUUGCUGUAGCUCAGAAAGAGGGGAGAACUUUGUUCCUUGCUGUGAAAGAAAGCUUGUUCUAAUUGCUAAUGGGACACCAACAGGUUUCAACGGUCCUCUUUUUCCUGCUGCUUGAUCUCUAUGCAGGAGAAAGGAUGGUGUCCAUUCAGAAGGGACCGCUUUAUCGAGCAAAGGGCUACCACAUCACUAUCUGGUGUAACGUCAGUGGCUACCAGGGACCAGUGCAGCAGAAUUUUGAGUGGUCCAUGUAUAAGCAAUCUGCCCCAAUGACAGGGCUGCAGAUUAUCAGCACGCGAGACCUUUCAUUUCCAUAUACAGUCUAUGCCUCGCGUGUCAAAGUCAGAGACAUUUACAUUGAAAGGAUCCGAGGGGAUUCCAUCCUGCUCCAUCUCACUGAUCUCAAGGAUGAGGAUACUGGCGAGUAUGAAUGUUACACACCCUCCACAGAUGACAGUUACCUUGGGAGCUACAAUGCAAAGACAAAUCGUCUCUUUGUAAUACCAGACACACUUUCUGUCACUGCGAAGACACAAGCCCUCCACAGAGACCAAGGGGAAUCAUUAGAACUCAUCUGUGAGGUGACAACAGCAACAGAGCAACAUACACAUGUCUCUGUUGCUUGGUACCGUCUUCAAGACAAAGGGGCAGGAAAAGCCCAGAAGAUCCUUUCUCUGUCCAGAGAUUUUGUCUUGCUUCCAGGAUCUUCCUAUGCUCAAAGGUUUUCAUCAGGAGAUGUCAGGCUAGACAAAACUGGAGACAAAGAAUAUAAACUGUCCAUUGUCAACCUACAGCCUGCAGACCAAGGGGAUAUGUACUGUGAAGCAAUGGAAUGGAUUCAAGAUCCUGAUGAAACUUGGAAAGACAUUGCUUGGAAGCAGAGCAACAGAACGUCCUUGACCAUCAGAAGCCUUGAUAAAAGUUUUUUUGUUAAUAUCUCUGUUACUGAGCGCUUUCUUCUGGAGGGAGAUGUCUUGGAAAUAAAUUGUACUGUGGAAGCCCAGCAAACUCAACACAGGUGGUUCCAGGUGGAUUGGUACAAUCGUGGUGGAACGGUGGUAACCCUGGAUCCAUACGGGUCCUUGUCCUUUCAAAAGGAGUAUGAGGAAAGGUUCAGGAUUGGAAAUCUCCAGGUAAAGAAGCAAAGCAAUGGCAAGUACAUCCUCAAGAUGAGGCAGAUGGAAGUGAAGGACCACGGGAGAUAUAGCUGUGUGAUUUCUGAAAUGGAGACGACGCCUAUGGGGUCAUUCACCAUUACAAAAGAAGUUUCUUCAUUAGCCAUCAAUAUAAAUGUGAAGCCUAGAGAAAGCAGCUUGCAAUUGUUUGUCUCAGUCAAUAAAGAAGAAAUCAUGGAAGGAGAUGCUUUGGUUCUUCACUGUAAUGGAAGUGUAACUGAAAAUUCACUCUCUGUGAACUGGUGGCUUAUCCAGAAGGCUGGAGAAACUCCAGUGCACAUAGCCAGCAUGGAUCAAGAUGGACAAUUAAAGAUAGGUGCAUCCUAUGUAGAACGCAAUGCUCGUGGUGAGGUCAGAGCCGAGAAGAUGGAGCCUUCCAUAUUUACCUUGACUAUUUAUCACACUUCAUCCAGCAAUGAUACAGGGCUCUAUCGUUGUGAAGUGACAGAAAGGUCCAAGGACAGAAGCUGGAAAUACACUCAAGAAAUCUCAGCAAAAGUUGUACCACUAGGGUUGAAUCUGACAGCUGUUCUGAGCAGCAGAAUUCCAAAUGUAAAAUUCGAUGAAGAUUUUGAACUGUUCUGCAAGGUGUCUGCUAAUGACAACAUCAACAAACUACACACAUCCAUCACCUGGUGGUUCAAGCCCACCUCAGGCCUGGGUAACUAUCAGCAAUUUGUGAAAAUCACUGCAAGAGGCACCAUUGAAUGGGGAAUGGCCCAUCUGCACUUCCAGAAGAAAACCAAGAUCACUAAAUCUUCCUCAACAUCCCACCUCUUCAUCCAUAGUGCCACAUGGAGAGAUGCAGGGAUGUACAAAUGUGAAAUAGAAAUCUGGAAAAGCUCAGGGCCAGGCAGAGAUUCAGCAACAGUGGAAGCAGCUGCAGUGAUACCUUCUAAUGCCGUCGAGAUAAAUGUCAGCAAACCAAAAAGCAAGCUGGAAGUCUGCACAGAUGCAAAGCUUUUGGAAAUCUCUAACAAGGAAGAUGCAACUAUUGAUUGCAAAAUCUCAGCACUGACAAAAGGGAAUUCUCAGUUGAGUGUCACUUGGUAUUUUCUGCCAUUGUCCGCUGUGAAUUCAGCUCCACUGAUUAUUUUAAAGACCAAUUAUAGUAAUAUAUUGGAAUAUGGAGAAGCAUUCAGUCUUCCGAAUCAGAAAUCAAGAUUUCACAGUGCGAAGGUCUCCAGUCAUCUCUACCGACUGCUUAUUCUGUCUCCAGAUUAUGAUAUCCAGGGCCAAUAUUACUGUGUGGUUGACGAAUGGAUGUGGUCAAUGGAUGGCAGCUGGUACAAACUUGGAAAAACAGAAUCUGGAAAAACCAUGCUCUAUUUCAAGCCUUCAGAAAACAAGCUACACAUUGAAAAAAUGAACCACAGCAUCAUUGCCACUGAAAAUGAGGAUGUGACCCUGAAAUGCAUUAUGCAGAGCUCAGUACAGGCCACCUCCCGCUUCUCAAUCACCUGGUUUAAAGUUUCUGAACAUACAGAAUCACUGGUGAAAAUGAAGGGCAACGGUGUCAUUGAGUAUGGUGGGAAUAAGAAGCUGUUAAGAAGGUUGCACCUCCACCACCCUUCUGUGGGUGACUUUCGCUUGACACUGCAGAAUGUGGAGAUGCUGGAUGCUGGACUGUUCUACUGCCAGGUGGAAGAAUGGCAGGCAGCCAACUGUAGUGCCAGUCAGGUUCAUUAUGCUUCGAGUCAAUCAGGAUUCAGCAGCCUUGUGGUACUUCCCUCAGCACCCAGCAAUUCCACCCAGAUCUGUUCUUCUCAAUCGCUAUACCACUUCAUCUUAUUCUACCCUCCAGUUCUGUUCCUCAUCCUGGUGGUUAUUUUUCUCGUGUUAUACUUCAAAGCCAAAUUCAUUUCAAGGGAAAAAAUGAAUGUGGAAAAGAAGACAGCUCCUGAUGAAGAACUGAGAGCAUUGGCACCAGCCAACCUCAAGCCCACUGGCAAAAGUAGUGCCGGUGCGAUAGGUGAAGAAACAAGGCAUCUCAAGAACAAGGAAAUGGACUGACCAAGUCAUGCCAUUUGAGGCUGUAUGGGCUGUAAAUGUCUUUAAUUCAGGUUGGCUGUGGGCUUGGACAUGCAGCAUAAGUAACCCUGGUUUUCAUGAACCUUGCAGUGCAGUGGUUAAACUGCUAUACUGCAGUUAAGUCUCUACUCAUUGCCUGAGUUUGAUCCCA